AUGUCCGAUACAUCCAAACGACAACGCGAACACAUCCCCCUCUAUCGUCUGGUUCUGUCGCAGACAACCAUCACUGACUCGGUCCUGGAGCAUCAAUGGGAAGGCGAGGGCACGCACGAGAGUCCAUACCUGGUGGAAUGGCUUCCUCAAGAUCCUCGUGAUCCCCAUCAGAUGAAGGAAUGGAUGAAAUGGACGAUCACGCUGCUCCAAGCUGCCUCGUUCCUGUCCAUCACCUUUGCCUCAUCCGCUCUCUCGGCGGCUAAUCCCCAGAUCCAGGAGGAGUUUGGCGUUAGCGAUACUUUGAUCAUUGCUGAUACUUCGUUGUUUGUGCUUGCGUUCGCCGUUGGCCCGGCAGUCUGGGCGCCGCUGUCGGAGUUGUACGGUCGCCAGGUCAUAUAUUUCUUGACUUAUGGUCUGACUACCAUCUUUGCCGGCGUCACGAUUGCGAGUCCCAACAUUGGUGCGUUGCUGGUGUUCCGUUUCUUCUCCGGUGCGUUUGGCGCCUCGGCGGUUUCUAACGCGGGAGGCGUGGUCUCGGAUAUGUAUACCGCGCGCGAUAGAGGAUUGGCUACAAUUGCGUUCAUCGGGGCUCCCUUCUUGGGACCGAGUCUGGGUCCUAUUACCUGCGACUUUUUGGCCGUCUCGAAAGGGUGGAGAUGGGUGCAGGGACUGACAACCAUUUUCAACGGAGUCGUUUUCCUGAUCGGCAUCUGCUUCAUCCCGGAAACCUACUCUCCUCUUCUUCUGAAGAAACGCGCGGCAAAACUGAGCAAAUUGACCGGAAAGGUUUAUCGAAGUCGACUGGAGAAUGCACAGCAGAGCGCUUCUGCCGUCUUCACCAAGACCAUGGUGCGUCCGUGGAUCUUGCUGUUUUUGGAGCCGAUUGUGUUGUUGUUGAGUCUCUAUAUGGCAAUCAUUUAUGGCACCAUGUACAUGGAAUUUGCCGCAUUUCCGAUCGUGUUCGAGCAAAACCGCCAGUGGCCUCAAAGCACCUCGGGACUGUCAUUUGUCGGCAUGAUGAUUGGCCAGAUCCUGGGCUGUGCGUAUUCCACGCUGGACGACGUUCGAUAUAAGAAGCUCGCCGAUCGCACGGCUUAUGGUCGGCCUCCUCCCGAAGCACGUCUGAUCCCCUCGAUGGUAGGGGCGGUCACCCUCCCGAUUGGACUGUUUUGGUUCGCUUGGACCAACUACAGCAGCAUCCAUUGGAUUGUGUGCCAGAUCGGCACGGUAUUUUUCGGCUUCUCACACGUUGCCAUAUUCCUUAGCGUAGUGAAUUAUCUGGUGGAUGGCUAUACCUUCUACGCCGCCUCGGCGCUUGCGGCAAACGCAGUCAUCCGUGCCCUUUUCGGCGCGGCCUUUCCCCUCUUCACGACUGCGAUGUAUAAUAACCUGGGCAUUCACUGGGCCUCCUCCAUCUCGGCCUUCUUGGCGGUCGCGUGUCUCCCGUUUCCUUGGGUGUUCUACAAGUUCGGCCCUGCAAUUCGACGUCAUUGUCGAUAUGCGGCUGAAUCUGCUCGCAAAUUGGAUGAAAUGAACGACCGGAUGAGGGAGAUCGCCCAACGCAGCAGGGUCAAGUCUGAGUCCGGUGAUCAGAAAGAGGCUUCCUCUGGCGAACAGUCCGCUUGA